AUGGGACCUGGACUCCUCCGUGCGGCGGCCCGGGCUGCCGUGUGGGGCGCGGCCCGGGGCGGCGUGGGUCCAGCUCCAGCUCCAGCUCCAGCGCGCGCCCUGCGCGGCGGCCCGGGCCGGUGUGCGGGGCGCGUCCCCGGGCGGCAGGUGCCGGGCGCGGAGGCCCCGGCAGCGGCCCGGCGCGGGCGCGGCGCGUCCCCGGCUCGGCGGCCCCGUGCGCCCGGCGCUCCGGCAGAGGGAGCUGUGCGCCCGGCCCGGCGCACGCACGGCGCCGCCCGCUCCCUCUUGCCGCCGCCGCUGGGCCCGCCCGCCGGGGAGGGGCUCCGGCCUCGGCGACAGCUGCUUCCUGCUUGCCGCACGCCUUCGCCGCCGCGCCGUGGCCGCCGAGAGCUCCCCGCGUGCCGCCGCCCGCGCCCCGGCCUCGCCCCGCACAGCCCGGCUCGCCCGCGCCCGCUCCCGGAGCCCGCGCCCCACGCCGCCCCGCGCGCCCCGGCCAUGCUGUCCUUCCAGUACCCCGACGUGUUCCGCGACGAGACCUCCGUGCAGGAUUAUCAUGGGCAUAAGAUUUCUGACCCUUACGCUUGGCUUGAAGACCCAGACAGCGAGCAGACAAAGGCUUUCGUGGAGGCCCAGAACAAGAUCACCGUGCCGUUCCUCGAGCAGUGCCCCAUCCGGGGGUUGUACAAGGAGAGGAUGACCGAGCUGUAUGACUAUCCCAAGUAUAGCUGCCACUUCAAGAAAGGAAAGCGGUAUUUCUAUUUUUACAACACAGGUUUGCAGAACCAGCGAGUGUUAUAUGUACAGGAUUCCUUAGAGGGUGAAGCCAGAGUGUUCCUAGACCCCAACGUACUCUCCGACGAUGGCACGGUGGCCCUUCGAGGCUAUGCGUUCAGUGAAGAUGGUGAAUAUUUUGCUUAUGGUCUGAGUGCCAGUGGCUCCGAUUGGGUGACAAUCAAGUUCAUGAAAGUCGAUGGUGCCAAAGAGCUUCCAGAUGUGCUUGAAAGAGUCAAGUUCAGCUGUAUGGCCUGGACCCAUGAUGGGAAGGGAAUGUUCUACAACUCUUACCCCCAGCAAGAUGGAAAAAGUGACGGCACAGAGACAUCCACCAACCUCCACCAGAAGCUCUGCUACCAUGUCUUGGGGACUGAUCAGUCAGAAGAUAUUUUGUGUGCUGAGUUUCCUGAUGAGCCUAAAUGGAUGGGGGGAGCUGAGCUGUCUGACGAUGGUCGCUAUGUCCUGUUAUCAAUAAGGGAGGGGUGUGACCCAGUGAACCGGCUCUGGUACUGUGACCUGCAGCAGGAAUCCAACGGCAUCACCGGAAUCCUGAAGUGGGUGAAGCUGAUCGACAACUUCGAAGGAGAAUACGACUACGUGACGAACGAGGGGACGGUGUUCACGUUCAAGACCAACCGCCAUUCUCCCAACUACCGCCUCAUCAACAUCGACUUCACGGACCCCGAGGAGUCCAAGUGGAAGGUGCUUGUUCCUGAGCACGAGAAGGAUGUCUUGGAAUGGGUGGCCUGCGUCAGGUCUAACUUCCUGGUGUUGUGCUACCUCCACGACGUGAAGAACACGCUGCAGCUCCACGACCUGGCCACGGGCGCCCUGCUGAAGACCUUCCCGCUCGAGGUGGGCAGCAUUGUGGGCUACAGCGGGCAGAAGAAGGACACCGAGAUCUUCUACCAGUUCACGUCCUUCCUGUCUCCAGGCAUCAUCUAUCACUGUGACCUCACCAAAGAGGAGCUGGAGCCCAGAGUCUUCCGAGAGGUGACGGUGAAAGGAAUCGAUGCUUCCGACUACCAGACCGUCCAGAUUUUCUACCCUAGCAAGGACGGCACCAAGAUUCCAAUGUUCAUCGUGCAUAAAAAAGGCAUAAAAUUGGACGGCUCUCAUCCUGCCUUCUUAUAUGGCUACGGCGGCUUCAACAUCUCCAUCACCCCCAACUACAGUGUGUCCAGGCUUAUCUUUGUGAGACACAUGGGUGGCGUCCUCGCAGUGGCCAACAUCCGGGGAGGCGGUGAAUACGGAGAGACGUGGCAUAAAGGUGGUAUCUUGGCCAACAAACAAAACUGCUUCGAUGACUUUCAGUGUGCUGCUGAGUAUCUUAUAAAGGAAGGUUACACGUCUCCCAAGAGGCUGACAAUUAAUGGAGGUUCAAAUGGAGGCCUCCUAGUGGCUGCUUGUGCAAAUCAGCGGCCUGACCUCUUUGGUUGUGUUAUCGCCCAAGUUGGAGUAAUGGACAUGCUGAAAUUCCAUAAGUACACCAUCGGCCAUGCCUGGACCACUGAUUACGGGUGCUCGGACAGCAAACCCCACUUUGAAUGGCUUAUCAAGUACUCGCCGCUGCAUAACGUGAAGCUGCCGGAGGCGGACGGGAUCCAGUACCCGUCCACGCUCCUCCUCACCGCCGACCACGAUGACCGCGUGGUCCCGCUGCACUCCCUCAAGUUCAUCGCCACCCUCCAGCACGUCGUGGGCCGCAGCCGCAAGCAGAGCAACCCCCUGCUCAUCCACGUGGACACGAAGGCCGGCCACGGGGCCGGGAAGCCCACGGCCAAAGUGAUAGAGGAGGUCUCAGACAUGUUUGCCUUCAUCGCGCGGUGCCUGAGCAUCGACUGGAUCCCGUAA